GAGCAUUUCCUUCUUAAACUUACCUGUUACUUCCAUUAGCCAUACGGUGACAACCAAUUGUUCAAGAAAAACAGCAACGUCUUUUCUUCAAAAAUACAGAAUUACAGGAAUGGACAAUCAAAGCAGAGUUGUGUUCGCGGUCAUCAUGGUAAUGGCGUGCAUGGGCAUGGGAGCUGAGGCACAGAACACCAAAACAGCAGGCUCAGGAAUCAUCUCAAGGGCAAAUUGUGGAACCACACAGUUCUGUGCUGCUCAGCCAGCAGGCUGUGACCCAUCUGUGUCUGGUUCCUGUUUCUUCGUCUCAACCAGUUUAAACUCGGGACAGAACUUUUCAUUUCAGCUUCAAGGACAAUCCAACUUCUACGUCGCUCUAGUGUUGUCCAAAAACUUUACAAAGUUGUCUUCAAACUUAACAAUGCUCUCUCUGAAUGGACAAAUUGACAUCUAUGUGUGUUUUAACAUCAACUACAUCAGCAUCAUAAAUUCCACACUUGGAAUGAUUCCUAACCUGCUGCCCUCUAACCUGAUGAUCGGCUCAGUCAGUGGUCAGACCAUCCAGUGCAUCUUCUCUGCUUUAGUCCCCAAUGCUACUUCCACCAAGAGCAGCAGUACCACCUUUUUUAUUUCCAUCUACAAUGGGACCGUGACUAAUGGAAUCCCAAGUUUUCCUGAGCCUGUCUUUAUAAGCGAUGCAGCCGUGGACCUGUCCAACCCCAAAGCCACUGCAACCAACAGUCGUGCUGAGAUUAUUACUUAGUAGCAUGAAUAGGGUUGAGGGUUUUAUUGGACCCUGUAUAUAUAU